AUGAGUUGUAACUGGGAUACUUCGCUCGAUAUGGUUAUGCACUGGUUUACCCCAGAGCUGGCUGCAACUCUUGACAUUUGUCCACCAACAACCUAUGUCAUCCAGGAAGAACCGGAGUUUCAGCGUCCACCGUUGCCCUACAAUCCGUUCGACCAUAUCCCUGUGGAGAUCAUCCGCCAUAUUGGGGAGAUUUCGGAAGAUCCAGACGCAGUUGCUGCACUCGCCCUUUCUAACCACGACCUCGAAUCCAUUUUGGAGGGGUCCAGUGACCCUGGAGCGACGGCAUAUGCAGCAAUUUGCAGCCUCGAGCGGAACCUUGUCCAACGUACACUACGGAAACGGGGCGGUCACGCCAUCCGAACUGGAUUGACAAGGUAUGUGAAUGAUGUCUAUGCCUUAGACGUAAUCGCGCAGCACAAUCGUCGCGAUCUCUUGUCGAUCGUCGAGCCCUAUAUUACAUAUGGAGACCCCGGCACUCACGCUGCGGUGAUCACCGCCGUCGAACGCGGACACCACAACCUCGUCCGACGCCUCAUGCCACACCUGUCAGAUGAUUCUAUCAUCCAGGCAUUUGGGGAAACAUGCACCGCCGGCGAUUCCUCAGUAGUGAACUCCCUAAUCUACCAUGUCCCUACCCGCCUCUGGAGAAAGGUCUGCUCUUUAAACCUUGAGUCCGCGGUAACCAGCGCCAGAAUCGAGCUAGUUCGUGUCCUGAUCGCAGCAGGCGCCGACCUAGAUACGAUUAUGGUAUCCGAGCAGGACGAAUCCGAUCAAAGCACCUGCCUCCACUGGCUGGCGAUAUACGGCCUAGGGACCAAUGAGAUCCACCACUCUGUCGGCCCACUUGUUCGGAUGUUUUGCGAAGAUGGGGCGAAUGUCAACGCCCUGGAUUCUAAAGGUCGCUCCUCGCUUCAUUAUUUUGCACUUGGCGGAUCGAGAGCAGUAGGCCUCUUCGAGCAGUUCCCUGACGACUUUACGAACCAGAGACUCGGCUUGGUGUAUGAGGUUGCUUUAAAGGAUAUCAUUAAAGCCGGUGCCAAGAUCGAUCAACAGGAUGAGUUCGGAAAGACUCCUCUCCACCUCGCGGUGGAGAACCGGGAGUCUGUUAUGAUCAAAGUCCUAAUGGAGGCUGGAGUCAAUGCUUUGAUCCGCGACCACGAAGGAAUUAGAGCAAGCAGAGCCAAUGAGACCGCCCAUAUUACUCCCCAUACGAUCGAAUACCAAGUCCUGAUGCUUGAGAUGAAGCAGGAGAUGUUAGCUAAAAUUCAGGAAUCAGCAGUUCUCUGA